AUGUCUGAGAAGAGAUUGAUAUCGCUGGGUGAUGAGCCAACAGACGCUCCUCCCUCCUACGAAGCAGCAGCGAUCCCAGCACAGAAUCCGCCUCCAAGACGACUGGCAAGACCUCCUCCUCUAGAAUUGCCAGCACUAUUGCUGCUACGAGACAAACGGGUCAUAUUAGCAUCUCAGUCGCCAAGGAGAAAACAGCUCCUAGGUCAAAUAGGGUUGACCAACCUUGAAGUGAUACCUUCCAAUUUUGAAGAGAAUCUACCCAAGGACGACUCUCCAUUUGAGUAUGUCCUCGCCACAGCUACAGGAAAGGCGUUAGCUGUCUAUGAGCAAGAAGUGGACAACGUGGAAAAAGGCGAGCCAGGCAUAAUAAUAGCUGCAGAUACCGUGGUCGUGAGUGCCAUGGGCGAGAUACUGGAGAAGCCAAGAAGUGAGGCACAUCAUAUAGCCAUGCUGAAAGGCUUGAGGGAUACCGGGCCACAUAGAGUCUAUACAGCUGUUGUGUGUAUGACACCGCUCGAAUCAGCACGAGAUCCAGGCUAUGCGAUCGAAAGAGCUUGGGAGGAGACUGUUGUGAAAUUUGAUACGAGCAUCUCGGAUGAUCUCCUACUGGCGUACGUGCGGACUCGGGAGGGUGCGGACAAGGCAGGCGGCUAUGGCAUACAAGGCACGGGAGCUGUGUUGGUAGAUCGGAUUGAGGGAAGCUUCGAUAAUGUGGUUGGGCUGCCACUCAGAACGACACUGAAGCUGAUUGAGAAAGUCAUGGCCAAAGCGGAUGACGAUGACGUUCUUAAUGGUGAAGCCUUAGAGGAGGCAGAAAGAGAAGAGGACGAAGAGCUCCUUUAG